GGGCUCUGAAUAACACGCAAGUAAUUUCAUACUGAGGGGAAACUAAAGUAGCAGGAGACGCACCGUUUGUCGAACAAAAUAAAUUGAUAUGGGAGAACCAAAAAGGUUUGUAUAACCUUUUGAUUUACUCGUUGCUUUAAUGGUCACAUUUUGACGAAGAAAUGAUGAAAUAGAAAAACGCUCGCAAUUGGAUUCUUCAGUUGUUAUAGUCGUUGAUGGUUUUUACAAGCUAUGAAAUUUAUUUACUCAGAGAGAAAAAAGAAUGGGCUGAUACUCCUUCCUACGACAGGUUGAAUGUCGAACUCGUCUUUGUCUAGUGGAGCGUUGGGUAAACUUAAAAUAUCGAGUACAUCGUAUCUUUGAGACUAUCUUCUAACAAUGAAAAUGACUCUGGUCUGUCAAGCCUCAAAGUUUCUCACAUCAACUCCAAGGCCUUACCAAGAUGUUAUGCUAAAAUGUAUGACAACCGGUAAAUAGCUACCGCUUUUCAUACGAACAAAUUGGUGAGUUCAAGGCCGGGUAGUUCAAAGAUGGGAAAGGAUAUACAUGUUAUUUGCCAGCCGAGAGGUUCGUAUUGGGAAAAACUGUGCCCGAGGUCUUGAGUACCGCCUACUUUGCUCACUGUUUUACACGGAGAAAAUUGUUUGAGAGAAUUCAGAUGUUAAAUGAAAGACAACUCCAUCCUUUAAUUCUAUUGUGAAAAAAUACCUUACAAUUUUAACUUUUUGAGUUACUUUUUUUGAAGGAUUAAAAUUAAUUACAAACUGUUUUUAGGCUGUGUCCACCCAUGUGAUGACACAUUUGCUAAUACACAUUCAUUUUAAAACCGAUUUUUGCUGGCAACCAAGCUGAUUUGAGAGAAAGAAAGAGAUAAUUAAUAAAUUAUUAAUCACCUUGAUUUGCUUAAAAAUACUGCACUUAGAAAUACUGACCAGCAGGCAAAAUGAAAUGUAUUCAUGAAAACUGACAAUGAAGCUAGAGAUGUACACAGUAACUUGUGAAAGUGUUACUGUGCCCACAGGCAGAGAUAGGAAAAUCCAGAAUGCACUAAGAACGUUACGACAAAAGACAUCAGUGCGAAGUUUUAAAAAGACCUUAGGGCAAUUUUUUCUAGCAAACCAACAGAGUUAGAAUCAUUUUAUUGUUUAAUAGGUUCCUUUUUAUAGUUUCCUGACUCUGUCAUUUCAUCCUGGAGAUCUACUUUAUUUUAGAGGUUAUCAUAGGAUUUUUAAUUUUUUUAACUGUUCUUUUAUUUCUGUUAUGGUAUAUUUAUGUUUAAUUAUUGAUAUCUAUAUUUGUGUUAGUAUUAUUAUUAGUCAUAACCAUUACAAUUUCCUCAAAUGUGAUUGGUAAUUUGCUGCUCUAUUUUUCACUUAUCAUUCUGUGGUGUAAUUGGGCAAUGUAAUUGGACAAUGUAAUUAGACAGUUGGCUAUAAUUGGACACCUGUACUGGAUAGUUGAAGUAGUCAAUCAUACUAAGUCCACCCCACCAAAUCCACCAAUCACAGAAUUAAACACAAUAACCAAAGCAACGGGCACUUAUCCUUAAAAAAAGUUGAGGAAUUUCCAAAAUUUAGAAAUAUUUUCACUUUAGACAAUGUCUCUACUGGAGAUAUUUGACUCAAAUAUAUUUUUUUGUUUUUGGUAAUUAAAACAGUUAUGAUUAAUUGGUAACAGAACUUCUUGUCAUCCAAUUCUGUCUGUCUGUUAUCAUGAUUGACUCCUGAUUGACAAAUUGGACUCCUGCUUUGUGGUUGUCCAAUUUUGUUAAUCACUUGUUUGAUUACAGAGCGAAUUGGACUUCACUCCGUCCUGUUACUAUUAUGUAAUAUUUGAUACAUGACUAUUGGUUAUAUCAGUGUAAUUCUUGUCUACAAUUUGAUGAUUGAAUGACAAAUUGUCUGAGAAAGGCUUUUGAAUAAAGAAUCGAAGAAACUGAUAUUAAAAUUUAACCCUGGGUUAAUGCUAAUUGGUCUUUAAACAACUAGUCUCCUCAGGUGUUUAGCAAAAACCAUUUACCUCUGAAGAGAUACUUGGUCUACUGAAAAAAGGAUUGCCAUUCUUUGGUUUGUUGCAAGCAAAAAAAUGAAAUGAAAAAAAAACAAUAAUGAUAAUUGUAGCAACAAAUGAUAUAUUUUAAUUUCAUCCCUGUGUUGAUAAGUUGUGUUGGAUAUGUUGACUUCCAUAUUAGGGUAUAAUUGGUAAUGGUUUCUUGAUGCAGAAUUACAACUCAUAUUUCACACACCCUAUACAUGCAUAGGUAUGGGCUUAUCAUUCCAUCCAAGAAAACUACAUGCAAACCUAUGAUGAAGAAACCAGCUGUGUUUGGUGAUGAUUCCAGUGAUGAUGAGGUAAUUUUACCCUAAUAACCUUACAGAUCUUGUUUAUGAUCUUCAUAUACACUGAAACUAGGAAGAAACUGGCAGAAAUAGAAUUCUUAAAGAAUUCUCUCUCUACUAGUUAAUUUAUGCUUUCAACACAGCAUCAUACUAUGUAGAUGAGAAGGAAUGCUCAUCCUCACAUUUUAUUCAGAGUAAGCUAUAAAAUUUGUUUCAGGAAAGAGCUCACAAAGAAGUGAAUUUAUCCCUAAUUCAAGAAUCACAAAAGAAGAAGCAAAUGAAACAGGUGACUAAUUAAAGAAUAAUCAUUGCAUAAUUUAUGAUUGUCCUUUCUCUAUGGCCAAAAUAGCUCUAGGUGUAAAUGUGUUACUGAUGGAUUGUUCCUUCACCAUCUUGUUGUCAGUGGAGACCAUGCAGUAAAAGUUUAGAUAUUUUUAUCUUUUAUUUCUGAGUAUCCUCAUUGACAUGAUGUCCUUACCCUUAUUAGUCACUGACAACAUGAACAAGAGUUUCUUUCUAUUUCUGAGGCAAAUUUCAAGGAGUGAAUUUGGUUAACAGGGAAAUGUUUCCCCCUAAUGUAAACCUGACAGUUCUAGUUUUAGAUUAACAGUGUCAUGUAACUGUUUAGACUCAGAUUGAAAUACAGAAAGCUUUGAAAGAAGAUCCUACUGUGUAUGAGUAUGAUGCUGUCUAUGAAGAAAUGGAAGAAAAAAAGAAAGCUGCAAGUUUUAAAGUUCCAAAGAAAGAUAAAAAGGUACAAAAUGUGCAUAUGUACAAUAGCUGAAAAGAUCCUAAAAUAUUAUCUGUAAUUUGAUCCUGUUAACCAGUUGUAACUAUGUAAACAUACAUGAUGUUAGGGUAUAAACCAUAGACUGGGGUACUAGAACUCAUCUACAUCUAACAAUUAUGAUAAAAAGUACACCAGAUUCCCAAUGAAUAGAUCCUUUUUUGAGUGCUAGGCAUGGUAAUUUGUAUUAAUUUUAUGGAUUGCAUCACCUCUCCUCUGCUGAAAAAUGUUGGGGGGGGGGGGAGGUUUCUAGCUAUGAACAUCAUCCCAUACAGGAGAGGGGAUGGACACUCCUAAUGAAUUCAUUUUACCAAACCCUAAAUAUUCUGUUUAAAUACUUAGCCCAAGUACAUUGAGAGCUUGUUGAAGGCUGCAGCUGCUCGGAAGAGGGAAUUUGAAAGGACAGUCGAGCGACAAGUACAAAAGGAAAGAGAACAAGAGAAAGGAGAGUUUGAUGAUAAAGAAGCUUUUGUUACUGAGGCGUAUCUUUUGAAAUCUUCACUCAACCUAAGAACUUCUUUGUUGUAAUUGAUUUAAAAUUAGUUGUUGUUGUCCAAGAGCUCUUUUUGGGGUAAUAUCUCAGCUCAGCUCAGCUCAGCUCAGGCUUUAAAUGGCACUAGGAAAUGUUGGUUACUCAAGAAAGUAAUACCUUAGCUAAGGGAUUUGGAAUAAGAUGACUAGUAUUCCAUCCAGGAGGAGAAAAACACUUUCAGUAUCCACAUACUUGUUGCACCACCUUAACAUAAAUAUGAACAGAUUCCGUAAGAAAAUGCAAGAACAACUUGAGGAGGAAGAGAGAAUCAAAUGGCGAGAUGCUAUUGAUGGUGAUUUGAAUACUUCUUUUUGCAUAAUUUUCUUGCAGUGGUUAAAGUAUAUACCUCUAAACCCAAAAUUGAAUCAUCUUGCAAUGGAGGUGUAGCAAACCAUCACAGACUGCUGAGUCAUUCUCUUCUGUGCAUGGAGAGAAGUGGUGAUUGAUAUGAAUAGAGAAUGAUACAUGGUUGAUGGUAGAUAUGGAAUUUCUCUUCAAGUGUUUAACUCAAUAGCUCAUGAGUGAGUGCAGCAAACAAGUGAAAUGUAGAGUUGAACAAGAAAGAGAAAUUUCAUAUCUACAAACAACUAUGUAUUGUUUUGUUUAUCAUAAAAACACAAUAGCCCUUUACUGAUAAGAAAAGUCCACUUAACUGAGGAAUGAAAACAAAGGAAUAGCAUUGGCACAAAGGCUCAAGAUGAAAAAAUGCAUUGAAACACACUACAAAAAGAAACAAUCAGCAAAAUUUUCAAUAUACAAAAUUCUUAGUCAUUGACUUGGUCCUUACUGACAGGAGAAAUCUUUCAGGUACAUGGCCAAAAUCGGCCUGCAGCAAAUCUUCUAGUUGUUGAUGUUUGUUUUUAUAUGCAAGAAAUGCCAUUACCAAAGCCUCUGUGGCUUUGGUUUUUCUUUCCAUAUUUUGGUUUUCUUCCCCCUCUUCCAUCUGUAAGCAAUAUGGAUUUCUCAGUGUUUUAGCAGCCAUAAUCCAAAAAAACUAGGCAAAUGACCUUGGAUUUAGAAUGGUGAGGGCGUCACUGUUCAUUCAUGAACCUGACUGAGUGGCGCAAAAGGCAAGUGACAUGUCAGCAGCUGAUUAGUGAUAUCAAACACACAUGAAAAAAUACAAUAUUUUUUCAUGUGUGUUGUAACAGUUUGUCUAAGGGCUGGAAAUCCUUGUAUAACACUGUAGUUUAUAUGAUAAAGACUAUUUUGGUAAUCAUACCCUUAAAAAAGGUUUGUUUGGCUGACUCACAAACUGACUGGCUUGCUGGCCAGCAGACUGACUAAUCAACUGAAAAACCAAUUAGACCACUUACCAAGACUAAAAGCAGUACCUCCCUAACAAUGAUAGUCAAAGUUGAAUGAAAGCAGAAAAACAUUGAAUUCCAAAUUUUAAAGUGCUAGUUAAGUUGGCUGAGAUCAAAUGUUGGCACAUGAAGGUGACCCGUCUCUCAUCUUCUCAACAAGGCUAAAAUCAGAACACAAGAAAUCACGGAGCACUAUGUCUUGCUUUAAGGGAAUAGUGUGGGGGUUCUUCUAGUGUUUGUGUGGCCAUCAUUUAUUCUCUCAUGGAACAUUUUGAAUCAUGAACUAAACUAGCAAAGAGGGAUUGCUGGUUGUCAACUAACUGGCCAUCUGACUGGAUUACUGUUGAGGUAUUUGGCUUAUUGGUGGAAUGAAUUAGAGUGAGUUUCGAAAGAGAGAGUGACUUACUGACUUGCUACCUGGUUGACUAUCUGGAAAACUAAUGACUAAUUAAUCAAAGAUAUUCAUAAUUGAAUGAUUGAUGAACUGAGUUACAAUACUUGUACAAGCUGGCUGCCAAUCUCUUUUACAGUUGUUCUUUGUGACAAUAUUCCAUUGAAAGGAGACCACAUAUGACUGGCUGAAUGAUUUAUUGGCUGCUUAAUUGAGUUAUUUUUUCCUUUCAGCUGCCAAUGAUGUCACAAAGCAGAAGGACCUAAGUUUGUUUUAUCGCAAUCUUCUGAAUCAAAACAUGUCACUGGGAGGAUCAUUUACUGCCAAAGAUACAACAAAGAUUGACUUGCCAAACAUGGAAAAUGACAUCAGAGAAUCUCAAGGAAAGGAUGAAAGGGCACCUCAAGAAAUGUCAGACAGUAGAAAGAAAGAAAAACACCGAGAUAGAAAUGAGAGUAAAUAUUUAAGAGAUCAAGGAUUAGAAGAAAACCCAAGACAUACAAGAGUUCCUUCCCAACAUGUGAGUAUCCAUGAUCACAAUAAUCACAAACGAAAGGACAACGAGAAUGACAAAGUUCAACAUUCAGCUGAUUUGUUAAACCAGAAACAAAGAAGGUGCAGUGAUAGGGAGCAUGAGAAAUUGGGGAUUCACAGACAUUCCAGUGGCUUCAAACCACAUCAAUCAGGCCAUGAUGAUAAGAAGAGUGCUGACAAACACAUCUAUUGUAGAGAGUAUUCUCAGGAUGACAUGAGGGCACUAGACAAGAAUAAAAAGAAAAGUGAGAAAGUUGCCAAAGAAAUCAAAGAAACAUUGAGAGAGGAGUCUCUUAGCAAAUUUGCCAAGCGCAGCACAGGUGAAACUGUUUCAUCUGCUAAAGAGCGAUAUCUGGCGAGGAAAAAAGCACGCAAUUCUGCUAAGAAUGCAACUGCCUAUGAUGACAGUGAUGAAUAGUUUUUUAUAACUCAGAAGUAAAACUGAUCUUUGCAAGGUUUGACUGGUACAAUUUUUGAAAUGGUUAAAAAAAACUGUGAAAAUCUAGCAAUCUUUCUCUUGGAAUUAAGUCUUUGGUUGUAUAUUGAACAU